CGGACCCCACUCGCAGCCGACGGGCGCCGGCCGCCCGGCGCGCGCGCUAUAAACCAAGCGCCAAGCGGAGUCCGCCACCAAUGCGCCACCGCCUGCUCCGCCGCGCGAUGCCGCUCCCGCCGCCGACGCCUCCUGCGCCCCGGACGCCGGGGAUCGCCGGCGGGCGCCUCUUCUCCUCGCUCCCGCCGCCGCCGCCGCCGCUCCAGUCCCGAAGAGAGGUGCAUGUUUGGUAUCUUUUGCCUGAUGAGUUGAAUGAUGCCUCCCAACUGAAGAUGUACAUGGAUCUCCUUUCGCCUUCUGAAAGGAAGAAUGCUUUAUCUAUGAAUACGGAGAAGUUGCAGAAAGGUGCUGUGCUGUCCCGUGCACUAGUGCGCACCACACUCUCCAGAUAUACAGAUUGCAAAGUUGAUCCAGGAUCAUUUGAGUUUAAGAAAAACAAAUUUGGCAAACCUGAGAUACUGUGGCAAUCUGAUGACAACAAGAUGGAAUGGCCUUUGCAUUUCAAUAUUUCACACACAUCUUCUUUGAUUGCCUGUGGCAUAACCAUGGAUAAUCUUAUUGGCAUUGACAUUGAAGAGAAGAAACGAAAGACAGCCAAGAAUAUUUUAUCUCUUGCUCGACGUUAUUUCACCCCAUCUGAAGUUGAUUAUCUAGCUCAGAUUCCGGAUCCCGAUGCUCAGCAAAAGGAAUUCAUAAAACUGUGGACUCUUAAAGAAGCAUACGUAAAAGCUCUUGGAAGGGGAUUUUCAGGUGCUCCUUUCAAUAAGUUCUCAAUCGAAAUGGAAGCAAAGAACGGAAUCCGAAUUUCUGUGGCACCAAAAGUAUUCAAGGAUUCUGACUCUACUUGUGACUGUUUGUCCGAGAAUUGGCAAUUUGCACUUGCGGAGCUAAAUAGUUCUCAUUACAUGGCAGUUUGUGUAGGGGAUGACUCAAGAAGUUCAGAAUCUGGGAAUGGUCGGCUACCUCUAGGAUUGAAAGUAUGGAAGACUGUUCCCUUCCUAGAAGAUACACUUGUUUCUGGAACAGAAGCUUUGACUCGUAUCGUUUGAGUAUGUGAGAGUCUGGUAUUGGCCUUAUGAUUUCACCAGAUGACAAUGCGAUACAAUGAAUUCAUAUUUUGAAGAAGUAUGCAGGGCAACUCUCAACAUUCUUCAAGCAUUGAUUAGCUGAUUGCAGACAUCAUGCAUUAGCGGGGACUUGGGAAAUACAAUUUUCAUAGUCCAUAUUCAGAUUAUGACUGUUAUUAGCUGUAGCCUACCACGACAAACUGUUUCGGAAGGAAUAAACUGUUUGUACUGUUGCAGAAUUAUGUAUCAUUUGAAAAGAUACUAGUAACAUGUAUAGGCUUCUAUAAGUAACAUUGGAAAUAGAUCUUGUAGUAUUUCAUUGCAUUGAUCCAAAGUUGGAUAUGUUGUCUGUCAUACAGUCUUAGUUGUCCGAAUAUGCUAAUUUGGAAUAGAAUUUGAUGUGUCGCUUAAA